AUGUCUGAAAGAAUUCAAACCAAUAAUAACAUGAUUACUGAUUCUGUUACAGAUUCUGUAGUAGUCGCUGAACCUUCGACAUUAGACAAAGAAAUAAGGAUUAAUGUUCCGUUUCCUCCGAGAAUUAACCCUCGUGAUUUGAUAACUUUGCUUCCUGAUGGAAAUGUUCCGACAAGAACUCCUAAUGCUUUUAUAAUUUAUCGUAAAGCACUAAUUGAAGCUAUACGAGCCGAAGGUCAUAAUUUACCAAUGUCCUCAAUAUCUUCUAUUGCCUCUAAACAAUGGUAUAAAGAACCCGAAUGCGUGAAAUCUGAAUACAAAAGACUUGCCAUUGAAGCUCUUAAUUAUAGUAAUACGAUUAUUAAAUCUUGUUCUAUAUCUCGUCGUAGAAAGAAUGAAAGAUGGAACACUAUUACUUUCAAUAAUAACAGCAUGACUUCCCGUAAAGAUCCUAAAAGGCCCAAAAAAUUAUCAAAAAGUUUAAAAAUCCAAUCACCUUCCAGAACUGAUAUUACACCUACACCUGAAAAUUUAUCACCAACCAUACAACAGCAAAAUAUUUGGAUAGGAAAUGAUUUCAAUAACAUUCCUUAUUAUUAUGAUACGAAUCCAACAAGUCAAUUUGAUAAAAAUAUAAACGAUGGCUUUUUUACCCUUCCCGAAUUUCCUUACGGCAUUGAUACUGGAAAGUUGUGUUUGGAUACCUUGAAGAAUUACAACAUUCCAAUUUACCCUUAA